AUGGGAAUAUCAAGGGAUAGUAGACAUAAGAGAAGACUCACAGGAGGUCGUAUGCCUAUUCACAAAAAGAAGAGAGCUUUUGAGAAAGGAAGACAGGCAGCAAUGACAAAAUUAGUGUCAGGAGAAAAGCGAGUUAGAAGAAUAAGAGUGAGAGGAGGAAACCUUAAAUUCAGAGCACUUCGUUUAUCCGAUGGAAACAUCUCGUGGGGAAGUUAAGGAGUUGCUAAAAAAGCAAAAAUAGUUGAAGUUGUUUAUCAUCCAUCAAAUAAUGAAUUAGUGAGAACAAAAACCUUAACAAGAGGAGUAAUUGUCUAAAUUGAUGCAACAACAUUUAAAUAAUGGUAUGCCAAAAAAUAUAAUGUGGAAUUAGGAUAAAAAAAGAAGAAGGAUGCACCAGUUGAAUAAACAAAAAAAAAACUUGAACAAAGAGCUAAAGAGAAUGUUAUUGAUUAAUUAGUCUAAGAACAAUUCGCCAAUUAAAGAUUGUUGGUUAGAAUAACUUCGAGACCAGGUUAAUCAGGAAGAGCUGAUGGUUAUAUUUUGGAAGGAAAAGAGUGAGAAUUCUACAUAAAGAAGAUUGAAUAAAAGAAAAAAUGAUAUCAUAUUAGUACAU